CGUGUUUUUUUUACUAUGGAGAGGGACGCUGACCAGCAUGCCGUUUAGCUCCAUCUCCAAGAAGAAGUCACUGUCCGUCUCGCUAAGAUUCUCAUUAUCUGCGAAUUAAGGCUCAGUAAAAUGAGUUCCUCCACGCAGAAGAGGGUAUACGCAAAGUUGCCCGUUUGCAUAGUUGAGGAUCAUAACGACGUGGUGAGUCACAUCUAUCGUGCGAUAGCAUCAAAACACCUUCCGAUGAGGAACAUCAAGAUGAUCCAUUUAGACUCCCAUCCCGAUCUGCUCAUCCCUGUCAACAUGUCUGCUGACGUCGUCUUUGACAAGGACUCUUUAAUUGACCAGCUGAGUAUAGAGAACUGGAUCAUGCCCAUGGUCUAUGCAGACCAUGUGUCCUCUGUGGCCUGGCUUCACCCUCCCUGGGCCCAGCAGAUCCAAGAAGGAGAGCACCGUAUGGCCGUGGGAAAGGAUUCCUCCACCACCACCAUCAGGGUGACCAGCAAGGACGACUACUUCCUGAGCGACGGCCUGUACGUUCCCGAGGAGCAGCUGGAGAACCCCAAGGCCCUGACGCUGAACGUGGUGCUGGUCAACCCCGCGCCGAGGAGCCACGCGGCGCACACAGAGACGGACGCACUGCGGUGGCAACCCAAGAAACCCCGGUCAGACAGCCAGGGAACCAGUGACUGCCCUUUUCCUCCCGGGUCCUCCGGCUUGGACUGCGCCGCCGUGUUACAGCCAGCAGGGGGCGACAGCGGACCAGCUGAUAAAGGAUCACCUGGCUAUGUCGUCAACACAUUGUUGUCCGUGGUCAGGGAGACGGAUCCGUACAUACUGGAUGUUGACCUGGAUUUUUUCUCCUGUAAGAAUCCUUUCAAAGAGCUGUACACACAGGAGGAGUACGCCAUCCUCCAGCAGCUGUACGGGUUCAGGAGACCCAGUGCCACGGCCAGCGAGGAGGCGAUCGGUGAGUGUGUGGAGCGUCGUGUCCAUCAGCUGGAGGACCUUGAGGCGGCGUUCGCUGACCUGCUGGAGGACGACGCCCACGAGACGGUGCUGCGCUGGGCCGCCAACCCCGGCAUGGCUUCCCUUGCCCAGCUGGUGUCCAGUCUGAAGGCCAGAGACCAGUCUCCAGAUUACGAGAUGGUGCAUCAGGCCGGCCUUACCUGUGACUACUCUGAGCUGCCUCACCACAUCAGCACUGAGGAGGAGAUCGACGGACUGCUGCUGGCCGUGGAUCAGGUUCUCACGGCCCUGCCUAAACCAACACUGGUAACCAUGUCCAGAUCCAGUCUAGACGAGUACUGCCCCGUGGAGCAGGUGGACUCCAUCCAGAACAAGGUGCUGUCCGUCCUGGAGGGGCUGUACGGACAGCUGGAGGUCCGACAGACCUACGACAGCCCCCCGGUGGACACCCAGGAAGGCCAGCUGGCCAUCUUGUGAUGCUAGCACACGCACACACACCAGUGUACAAACCCCAUGUAUUCAACACAUGUAUUGAAGAAGCAGAUGUAUAGAUCACAUUUAAGUCAAUGUUUGUUUAAGUAAAAAGUAUUAUCUUUGUGUACAGUU